GGAAGUGCAUGUGUACACGGAGCAGUGAGAGUUGACCACCGGUGAGAAGAACAGCGAUUUGUGCUUUGUUUGCUGUGUUUUUUUACCGGAAUUUAAGAUUGAAUUCCGACCGCUGCGUCUAUAAUGACCGCUGUAAACUACGUAGCUAAGCUUUUGGAUUACGCACAGAAAACAGGCUCCAAUGUGAUUUUUGAAGAGGUGAGCUCCGUGGGACAGGACCAUGAGAAGACAUUCACCCAGAGGGUAGUCUGCAACGGUGAGGUGUAUCCUGAAGGUGUGGGGAGGACCAAGAAGGAAGCCAAGCAUAAUGCUGCUGAACAUGCCUUGAGAGGCUUGUUGGAGAAUGAACCUGCCAGCAAUGUGGUAAAUAGCCAGAGUGAGAAUGACAACAGCUUUGAAGAGACAAAUUUCAAAGGAAUUCUCGACCAGCACUGUCUGAAAAAAAACCUCGUCCAUAAUUACAUCCAAGUGAAAAGAAGCGGUCUACCACAGAGUCUCCAAUUCACCUACAAAGUAGUAAUUGAAGACAAGGAGUACCCUGAGGGGGAGGGUCAUACUAUCAAGCAAGCCCAACAAAAAGCUGCUCAGCAGGCCUGGUCUGCUCUUCAAGAGCAGUCCGACUGGGACAGCAAGGUUUCCUUGAGGUCCACUUUGUCCGAAGAUGAUGAUCCCUCCAUGAUGUCAUCAACUUCAACCUCGACUUCGACUUCGACAUCGACCUCGACCUCGACAUCAACUUCACUGGACCCCACAAAGUCGUCACCACAAAGCGAACCAAAGAGUACAAGUGACUCCAUAGUAUUCAUCGACUCAUCGAACCCUCACAAUAAUCAGACUGGAGAUGAGAAAUAUGGUGGCACAUCAAGCCAGCAAAAUGAGGAAUCCAAACAAGAUUUGUCAGAAAUCUGUGAUAAGACCAACAGCCUUAGUGUAAAGGCACAAGGUGGAAACUUCAUUGGCAUUGUCAACCAGUACUGUCAGAAAACACAGCGCUCCCACACUUACGUCUUAGAAAAAAGAUGCGGUGAAGCACACAGCCCCCAAUUUUUCUACAAGUUAAUGAUCGACAACAAGGAGUACCCUGUGGGUGAGGGGAAGAAUGUGAAAGAAGCCAAACAAAAUGCAGCUCGGCUGGCCUGGGCUGCUCUUCAAGAGCAGACCGACUACGACAGCAAGGUUGCUCUGGAAAACAAGGGUAGGGCCGAUAGAGUGAGUAACACACCAACCAAGUCCAGAUUUACAUCACUGUUUGAUUCCAUAAAGUAUCUUGGGGGAGGAGCCUUUGGUCGGGUGUACGAAGUAAGACAAAUGCUGCCCGACAAGAAGUAUGCCGUCAAGAUUGUCCGUGGCAAAAAAAAAGCUCUGCAAGAGUGUUACGGCUCCAGGAUACCACGCAAACGGGACCAAGGGGCUCAGCAGACUAGUCAGAGGGGCGACAACAGAGGAAAAAUUCCUACAGAACCCACGAUAAUACCCAGCCAUACCCAAGAAGCGGCGCAGCUCACGCCGGGUGAUGGGCACUGGGAAGGCAGUGAUAGCAGUCACCUUAGCCUCCACGGGGCGCACCUCACCACCCCCAACCUGUUUACCAAGCGUCAAGGAAGCCCUCGCCAAACGCUGGAACACUGUUGUCAAGGUAUCUACAUGAGCAGCCCAAUCAGACGAAUACACAACUACAUCAUCGAGGAAAACAACCACACACGUAACAAAGAGGUUAAGGCAUUAUCAGACCUUCUUCACCACAACAUUGUGCGAUACUACUCUUGUUGGAUGGAAGAUAUAGGUUACAUGCAGAACAGUUCAGCAGACAGCAGCUCUUCUCAGGAAUCAUCGCCAGAGUUCCUUUACAUUCAAAUGGAGUUGUGUGGCUUAAAAACACUUAGACACUGGAUAAAAGAGAGGAAUACGAGAACUCUGCCAGACUCCAACAGACGAUAUGAGAGUCUAACCAUCGCUCAACAAAUUGUCAGUGGAGUCGAGUACAUUCACUCCAAAGUACUCAUCCACAGGGAUCUGAAGCCUGCCAACAUCAUGUUUGGACUGGAUGGAGCAGUGAAGAUUGGAGACUUUGGUCUGGUCACUGCUGAUGAUGUCGACGAUGAAAACCCAAUGGAGAGAACUACCAAAUCAGGAACCCUUUUUUACAUGGCUCCCGAACAACUUGGGCACAAAUAUGACCGGAAGGUGGACAUAUUCGCCUUUGGGCUGAUAUACUUUGAACUCCUCUGGAAACUCGCUACUGGCCAUGAAAGAGUGGAGGUUUUCGAAAAUGCCAGAUAUCAGAAGUUCCCCGAAGAGUUUCCACUUUCUUUUUUUCAAGAGGAACAAAUAGUGAGGUCAAUGCUGUGUAAGGAGCCAAAACAACGACCUGACGCAAGUGCUCUAAAGGCAGAGCUGGAAAAGUUGGCCCACACUCUCAACCCUUAAAAAGUAAACAUCAGCAAAAUGUAACAGUCUGACAGUCACACACGCAGGAGGUUAUAAACAUCUGUCUCCUCUGAUUUUACCUUUUGAUGUUUUAUGAUUUUGUUGGCAAACGGCUGAUUGUUAUUGUGCUUUAACCUGAUAUCUGCAGCCUACAAACUAUUCAUACUCAACUACCUAUCUUCUAUGUUAUGUAAAAGCAUUUUAAAUCAUGACAGCCAUUGCUUUGUAUUGAUUAUCAUAAGGGGCAAAUAAAAUUGUGGUUAUCUAUUUGUUA